CAAUAUCAAGCAAGCUGUUCGCAUGCUUGACCUCGCAAAGAUAUUAUCUUCAAAUAUAAUUAUAAGGAUCAAGGACUCAUAUAGCGAAAGAUAUCACGUCAAAUUUGUAUCAAACUUAAGCUGUUUUACUGUAUUAGCUCGUUAAAAUGGUCGGACCGCCACCACUUCAGGGUCUCAAUGUCUUGGAAUUUGCUGGGCUCGCACCCGGACCUUUCGCCGGUUUGCUUCUCGCUGACGCCGGCGCGAAUGUCCUUCGCAUAGAUCGUCAUACAUCUAACGCUCAAGCAGUGCCGACAGCCGACCUGCUCACGAGACGCAAAUCUUCUAUUGCCGUCAAUCUGAAGUCACAAAGUGGGAUUGAUGUUAUUAAAGAAUUAGUUAAGAGUGCCGACAUCAUAAUCGAUCCGUUCCGUCCGGGAGUACUGGAAAACCUCGGCAUUGGUCCGGAAGUCUUACGCGCUAUCAAUCCUCGUCUGAUAUACGGCCGUAUGACAGGCUUCCGCCGAGAUGGUCGAUAUGCAUCGAUGGCCGGCCACGACAUCAAUUACCUUGCCGUGUCCGGGGUUCUUUCUCGACUAGGCAGGAGUGGCGAUAAACCGCACCCGCCUACCAACAUCCUGGGAGAUUUUGCAGGAGGAGGUGCUACAUUAUUCCAAGGUAUUUUACUAGCCAUCAUAGCUAGAGAGAAAACCGGGGAAGGGCAAAUCGUCGAGGCAAACAUGGUAGACGGUGCCAACUAUUUGGCGACCUUCACCCGACAAAGUUUAAAAAUUCCGAUAGGUCAUCAUCCACGUGGGGAGAACCUGUUAGAUGGAGGUUGCCCGUUUUACGAUACGUAUGAAACCAAAGAUGGGAAGUAUAUGGCCGUGGGAGCUUUAGAACCACAAUUUUAUGCAGCGUUGCUUCAAGGUCUAGGCUUAGGUAAUCAGGACUGGGAGAACCGGCGGCUUGACCGAGAAUCCUGGCCGGAAAUGCGACGGACAUUCGAAACUAUUUUUAAAUCCAAAACGCGCUCGGUGUGGGAAGGAAUUUUUGACGGCACUGACGCGUGCUGCACUCCCAUUCUAGAAUAUUCCGAGCUGGAAAUGGAUGUCAGCCGUGAAGGUGACCAACGACCAGCGGUGACGUUACGUGGAACACCCUGUCUAGCAGUUGGUGAGAAGGGGGUUAAUCCAACUGUCCAUGGUCAAGGUCCCGGUGUUCCCGGAAAUGGCUACGUUGGUCAGCUUCUGUCCCCGGGUCAAGGUGGCGAGAACGCUUUGAGAAAUUGGUUUGGUUGGACGAAGGGAAAAGAUUUUGAUAUCAAAAAUGGAGGCAUCGUGUUGAAGCCUAAGUCGAAGUUAUAGGCGGCCACACCAGAAGGAUAAAUCUAGGAUAAGGAGUAUGCCAUCUCAACGAUACACUUUUAAACGCCUUUGAUCCCUUUCCUAUCAGGAUCCCUUCUAACCGAAUUCUUUCCGUCUUCCCAAAUACAACACAACACAAAGUCCCAUCUGCUAC